AUGGUUUUAAUGAGAAUUUUUAACGAGAUUUACGAGAUUGUUAAGUGUAACAGCACAAAUUCUUCACAGCAUCAGAAUUUCUCCGAGACUGUUAAUGAAGGUUUAGUAACGAACGGACCGCAGGGCUUCUCCCGCCCAAGAACGGGGCCGGUGCAUACACGCAGCCCGGCGCUCCGGACACCGGACCGGACCCUUCCCUUCGGCAGCCACCGGGACACGGCCGACCUCAGCGGUCCGCCCCGACGCCGAGGGGACGGGACCGGCGCCGCCCAGACAAGGGCACCGGCACGACCACGGCCAGGCCUAGCCGCAGCAUCCCAGAGGGCCCCCCGCUCCCAGCCAGACCCCGCAGCGGCGGGGAGGGGCUGCGGGACCGCUCAGACGAGGCAGGGACGGUCCACAGCCCCGCCCGCCGGCCCGCCCGGGCAGAGCCCGCUGCAGCGCGCGGAGCGGCCUGCUGCGCCCUCCGCCGAAGGACAUCUCUCGGCCCGGGGCGCUGAGUACCCAGACCUGCGGAAACACAACAACUGCAUGGCCAGCAACCUGACACCAGCCCUCUAUGCCAAACUCUGUGAUAAAGCAACCCCAAAUGGAUGGACCUUGGACCAGUGCAUCCAGACAGGUGUCGACAACCCUGGCCACCCAUUCAUAAAGACAGUGGGCAUAGUGGCUGGCGAUGAGGAAACCUAUGAGGUGUUUGCAGAGCUGUUUGACCUCGUGAUUCAGGAGCGUCACAAUGGGUACAACCCCCGCACCAUGAAGCACAUCACGGACCUGGAUGCCAGCAAGAUAAAGCUUGGACAGUUUGAUGAGCGCUAUGUGCUCUCAUCCCGGGUCCGGACUGGGCGCAGCAUCCGUGGGCUGAGCCUGCCGCCAGCCUGCACCCGCGCUGAGCGGCGAGAGGUGGAGAAGGUGACUGUGGAUGCACUGAACGGCCUCACCGGAGACCUGGCAGGCCGGUACUACCGCCUCAGUGAGAUGACAGAGAAGGAGCAACAGCAGCUCAUUGAUGACCACUUCCUCUUCGACAAGCCAGUGUCCCCACUCCUGACGGCAGCAGGAAUGGCCCGGGACUGGCCCGACGCCCGAGGGAUCUGGCACAACAACCUGAAGACAUUCCUGAUCUGGAUCAAUGAGGAGGACCACACACGUGUAAUUUCCAUGGAGAAGGGGGGCAACAUGAAGCGUGUCUUCGAGCGCUUCUGUCGGGGCCUGAAGGAGGUGGAACGUCUAAUCCAGGAGCGAGGCUGGGAAUUCAUGUGGAACGAGCGGCUGGGAUACAUCCUGACCUGUCCCUCCAACCUAGGCACUGGGCUGCGAGCAGGUGUCCACAUAAAGCUGCCACUGCUCAGCAAGGAUAGCCGCUUCCCUAAGAUCCUGGAGAACCUCCGGCUACAGAAGCGUGGGACAGGUGGUGUGGACACCGCAGCUACUGGUGGCAUUUUUGACAUCUCCAACCUGGACCGGCUGGGGAAGUCAGAGGUGGAGCUGGUGCAGCUGGUGAUCGAUGGUGUGAACUACCUGAUCGAGUGUGAGCGGCGGCUGGAGAAAGGGCAGGAUAUCCGUAUCCCCUCACCAGUGCCGCAAUUUCGGCACUGAGCUGGACCAUGGCAGCACCAGCCCCACGGGACCCAGCAGCCCCGUAGCUUAUGUGAUCUCUGUGCCCAACAUGUCGCUGUGUCCUGUUACCUGCAACGCGCCAGGCCAGACCCCGUAAACAUGUUCUGCUGUA